GGGCUAGGGCAGAAUAGCUAUUCAGAUGAGGGCUCGUCAGGGGUUUGGACGCUUUGAAAGAUACUGGGAAGGAGGUGCAGGGGGAGCAGCACUGGGAUAGGGGGCAUAGGAGAGGAGGCUGGUUCUUUGGUACCUACCCCUCCAGAGAAAGGGGGCAGUAUUAACAGUCGGGAUGACUCCUUACUGGGGACUCGAGCAGAGGGCUGGAUCAGUACUGAUUUCUGGGGUUCAGGGCCAGGAGUAGGUUGGGGAUCAGGGGAGGGAGUGGAGGACUUGGCUCACAGUGGCCCCCACCCCCUGCAGCUUUCCCUCCUCCUAGGAGAUACUGGUCUAUGGACAAGAUCCCUGUGAAGGGAGAUAAAAAGUGGAAGAGUGGAGGAGGGAAGACUAAGGGGCGAGCAAGGGACAGAGGGGAAGAAGCUGGACGGCCCACCAUGUGCUCCUGUAGCCUUUACCCCCAACCACAUCCUUACCCACACCCCCACAGUCGCCCGCAUACCUCCCACUCCAAAAGAGGAGCCACAGUGCUUUCCCAUAGCCAGGAAGAGCUUCUCCCCCACUGCCACAGCUUCAGCGGGGUUCACGUCCAAAACCUCUGCCUCCCAAACCAGAUCCCAGUCAGGCCAAAUCAGGCAGCCAAUCUAACCUCAGCCUCAGCACACAGCCCACAGACCAUCCACCACAACCCUCACCGUCGCCUCCGCAGCAGCCCUCCAUGUCUCCCACCUCCCUCCCGAUGCCCAUCCCACCUCGCCCUCCUCAUCCUCCGUCUCACCACCAGCAGGGUAGGGAUGGCAGGCCAGGGCCAGGCUCAGGCUUCGGCCAGUGCCAAACUUCAGUAUCAGAGACUGCGCUCGGUGCCACAGCCACGGAGGUUCUACUCCCCCCACCUGCCACUCAAAGCCAAGAGCCUGUGCUCACGCAGAGGGUCGGCCCACUUCUCCAGCCUGGAGAGUGAGGUAUGACAGGGGGAGGAGAGAGGAGACGUGGGAGCGAGCACCACUGCUAUUGAAAACCGAGGUACCAUGGCAGCUGGAGGCAGGGACGACAGCAGAGAAUUGGCUGCCUUGGUGUCUAUAGUGAAGGCGACAGUGAGACGCCACACAAGGGUGAGCUACGUUCGUUUGGAUGGUUCCCAUGACGAUGAGAGUGAAGGUGAGUCUGCAUCACUCGGGAUAGCAGCUCCUGAACUUCUUCUCCGCUCAGAAUUGAGCCUUGUGAUGUCAUCUUCGGUUCUCCUCCCCUCCCCGAGUCACAACUACGGAUAAGAGUAGUCUCCAACCUGUGAGUAAUGAUGUCAUAUUUGUACACACAAACACACACACAGCACACUCACGCACACACACACACACACACAAACACAGAUAUGCUCAAAACGUCUCCCUCCCUCUGGCUUUGAGAACACACCUCAGUGGGAAGAGGAGAUCCACCCUCUCCCCAAAAAGAGACCAAAAAGACUCUGGCUCCAUGUCCACAUUGGCUGUUGGCUUUUGAACUGACUGGUGGACUGCUUCUUGGGUUUUGGAGAGACUGCCCCCUUUUUCCCUUUUUGUAAAAUCAGUUGAUAUGAAAAGCAAUGCAGUCAGCUCUUACAUGCACUCACUGGGCAGCGAGGACAGUGCUGUUUAUUUGCCCACAGUGACCUCAUGACACCAUCAGACCCAUCUAGCUCUACCCCAGGACCAUCUACGUGAUGUCAUGUUUUACUAGAAAUCCUUUUAACUAAUCAGACUUAACAGGAAAUACUUCUCCUCCUCGUUGGAGCUUGUCAUGUCAGCUCUGGUCCAACCAGAGUUCAAACAAAGUUUAAUUAUUUAAAAACAAACUGAACUUUAAAAGCGAAAUAACAAUAAGAACAAAAACAUGUAGCAGAUUUUCUUUAAUGUCUGUCUUUACUUUUCUUUGUUACUCAGACUUUUCUCACCAUAACCUCUUUUUUAUUCUAUCAAUAUAUUUCUCUCACUGUGUUAGUGUUUUAAUCAUGAGGAGGCUGGAUGUGGCUAGUAUUGGAAGUGGGAAUGAUUGAAUCGCAGUGCUAAUUUUCCACUCAAAAGCUUUUAAGCAAGAUUCAAGUAAUUUGUUUUAGAUAAGCCCCAUCAUCUCUUCCCACAUGUGAACAUUGCAUAAAUCACCAUCAUGUAAGUGAAUGAAGGGGAUGAUUGGUGCAAUAUCUGUAAUUGGCACUAGAUGGCUGCAUAAUAUUCAAAUAAGCUUUGGAGACAUUAGUGCAAAAGGCUUCUGGUGAGUUUAAUAAUUGUAGCUACAUGAGGCAGAGGAGGCGUGCAGCUAUACCCUUUAUUAUUUUAUGAAAGUGGCCAGUCAGGAUUUAUUAAGAGGAAGUAAGGGAAUUAAAACAGAGUGCAGUGUAAUACAAACACUCUCUAAGGAUAGUAUUGUAUUUCACUAUUACUCUGUACCUUGGCAGAGUUUUGUAAGUUUAGACCGUACGAAGCACAAUUCCUUAUUGUAUUUUUCAGACAUUUGUGCUACAGUGAAGCUGCACAAUCUGCAGGAAACAUAUUUCAGUAAUGGGGUAAAACUAGUGAUUUUGUAUGAACUCAUGUUGCUAUUAUUGACCAAAAUCACUGUAACCACGGUUUGAACUACAAAGUAGACACUUGUGUAGAGGAAAUGAUCUUCUAUAUUGACGAUUAGCCUUUGGCAGAUAAGACUGAACAAUAUACCACAAAUGUUUGGAGUUUCAAUUUGAGGUGCAUAGUAGCUGAGAUUUUACUGAAAGCAGUCAGUAAUAACUCCUUUUGUCAAGAUUAUCAGAUGACUGUUUGUCUUAGAGCAAUAUUCCCACCUUCAAUGUGAAAGGAAUGCAAUGGCGCAUCUGUUUGCUGUUUGCAUUGUAAUUGUUUUCCCUCCAGUUUAAAAUGAGGUCAUAUGUUUCAGCCAGAGACAGAUGCACCACGUCUUCACUGAUUUCGCUUUAGGUGAGAUAGGUUCCAUCUAAUUUGGUCAGAUGUGAUUAUAAUAAAUGAGUUAAAGUCCACAGUACCUGGCUCUGGCUGACCGAUAUGAAUAAAAAAUGCUAUGUGUUCAAAAGAGAGAAGUGAACUGUAGCAUUUUACCUCCUGUGAGCUGUGCCAAAAGCCAUUUACUGUGUAAACUGUGUCAGUGUUGCCAACAUUGCAAUGUAUAUGCCCUCCAUUUUCAUAGGUCAACACAUCCACCUCAUUUCUCACACUAAGACCAGCCACAGCCCAGCUCUUCUUCUAUUGUAGUUGAAUGUAGCUUUGACAUGAUGUAGCAAAAGAACACCUACUUUUAGACUUUGUAGCUUUUUGGAUGCUGUCGAUAAUGGCUAGAAGGACGGGGGGGUUGACCUGCUAUGUGAGGGACUGUGCGUGGUGUUUGUGCAUGUUGUCACAGAUCGAAGAGUUAGUCGACCUUCUCAAUUCCCCUUUUAACUCCUUUGCCUUUGAGUUAAGGCAGACUGUACUUUUAUCUGCACAUGGAUUGCUUCUUUUCUAGAUCUACGUGGGGCUAUUUUUAAACAAACCUGUGAUUUUAGAGAAAUGCUUUUUGCCUUUCCCCAUCUUUUGGAAAGCCCCAGAAUCAUUGCAUGUUUAGCUGAAUGAAACCUCAAAGAUUUAUGGUGGGAGGGUUGUGUAGUUCAAUUGUAGCAAAUGCUUAGGACCCAGGGCAGCCACUCUACAGUGUGGUAGUAUGCUCGCUCUACUCUGCACCCCAACAGUGGAAACCACGGCAACAGUUUGACUGCUUUCUAUGUAGUUGAACAGUCAUUUUCAACCAAUCAACAGGGCUUAAACCUGGUAUGUCAUUGAGCAUUUUUUAUUUCAAUUGAGGCGCUAAUACUUAAGUCUGUGACUGCAUGAACAGAAGUGACUCUUAAAAACCCUCUGGCUUAUUUUGUUUAUCUAUUUUUUUAAUGCUGAGAAAAAAGAAUAUAUUAAAAUACUAUGUUUUUGAGAAUGUA